UGUCUAUUGAGCCGCGUCAGGGUAUUUAUUCAAACGUUUCUGUCUUGAUUUCAGUUUUAAAAAACAUUACGAUAUAAAUGAAUACUAGUGCGUACAGAAUUUAAACGAACAAUUUAGGGAGCUUAAUAUUUUCAAACGUAUUGGCUCUUCUCGUAUCUUUCUUUUAAGGAGGACAAUGACAUUUUUACACAGUUGUUUUGUGUUCCUGAUUGCUGGACUUGUUUAUCGUAAUGCUUUUGCUGCGGAGUAUAGUGACGCAGAGAAUCUCCUAGGGGAAUUAUUCCGGAAUUAUUCAACAGACAUUAGACCAAGUCAAAAUCUGUCUGAAACAAUCAAAGUAUCUUUAUACCCGUUCCUUUUCUCUGUGAAUGAUUUUGACGAAGUUUCCGGUGUCAUUUCUAUCGUGGGUGGAUUUGCUCUUGAUUGGCAUGACUUUCGUCUCGCCUGGACACCAACAAACUACGGUAACAUUCAGAUGCUACCCAUUCCAAGAAAGAAACUUUGGGUUCCAAGUGUGUUUUUGAUUAACCCUGCAAAUAAGAUGGAAGCGUUAGGGAGUGAUGACUUUUUAGGAAGAAUAUUCCAUAAUGGUAACGUGAAUUGGACACCCGGAGGACUUUUUCAGACCCUAUGUGAUGUGAACAUGUACAAGUUUCCAUUCGACACGCAGUCUUGUUUCUUUACAAUAGCGUUGUGGGGUUAUAUGCCCGAGGAAGCAGUUAUGAUACCGAACAAUAACAUGUCUACUAUCGAUACAACUUAUUAUUCUUCCAAUGCUCUAUGGAAACUAGAAAGCACAGUGAUGAAAUAUUCCGAUCUUGUUACGACCGAGAAUAUAAUUGAACUCCGGAUCAACCUGAAGAGAAAAUCGCUAUACUUUGUCAUCAAUAUGUUGGCGCCCAUCCUUCUUCUGUCCAUACUUAACCCUCUGGUUUUUGCCCUACCUGUUGAAAGCGGUGAGCGUGUGUCAUAUGCCAUCACAAUAUUCUUGUCAUUUGCCGUUUUCUUGACUCUAAUCAGCGAAAAUAUGCCAAAGUCCUCAGAGCCAAUGUCUUUAUUGUCCUACUUUUUGAUUGUGACAAUGACUAUGAGUACGUUGAUAUGCAUUCUCACUGUUGUCACUAUGCGCCUCCACUUUAAAAACUCAAAAGUGUCGAAAACAGCUUCAACUAUUCUGAAGAUUUUGCAACUCAAAUUUAUAUGCAUUCCAUGUAAGAAGUAUAAAAAGAAAUCGCAGAUUCAGGAUAAUACUAAUUUAGAUGAUGGAUUUGCAAGAAAUAUAAGGGAGGGUAAAGUCGAGCCGCUUAAAGUCGAACCGGUAGAGGAAGAUACAUGGAAGGGAGUAGCGGAGCAAUACGACCAAGUCUUGAUGUACUAUUUCUUUUUGAUUGUCUUUCUCCAAUGGAUGAUGCUUUUAAUUGUCAUGUCUAUCUGAACUUGUCCUCAGACCUUAUGUCAUAUCUCUUCUAUUUUUUUAUUGUACCAAGAACAUUAAUGCAUUCUUACUACUUCGCCAUAAAAUCGCCUGCUUUAAAACGUUAAAACAGCUGCCACUAUCCUAAAGUUCGACCUAAAAUUCCUAUAUUCUUUUUUUGAUAGAUGUAUUGUAUAAGAAAUUAGAAAAUAUAGUUUUGCUUGUCAAUAUGGUAACCAGAUAUUUCACAAACUGUAUUAUGUAACUGAGAUAUAUUGACAUUCAAGUAUUAGUUAUGACUGAGAAUAACUUUACUAUUUUGGUGCAUAUUUAUAAAAAGACAAUCUAUAUAUUUUUUUGUUUCUGUAUUCUAAUAGUAAAUUUUUGAUUGGCAAAAGUGUGCAUACUAGUAUUGUAAAAAUACCAAUUGUGUUAAUGUGCAGUAUAUUUGUAUAUAUUGAUGCACGGCUAUUACACACCUUCAUUGUAGAUUCAUUUAGAUUUGCUAUAUUCUAAUAAGAGAAAUUUGAUAUAAAAUUUGUUUCAUAAAUCACAGCAGAAUUUAAUUUUAUAAUAACACUAUAUAACUCUUAGUUUACUAAUUGUAAAGCUCCUACUUUGCCUCCUAAAACUUUCAUUCCUUAAAGUUGUACAUCGAUCCUGUAUGUUGUGUCACGUCGUUUAAGCAAUAUUUCGGCUAAUUGCGUCUUCAUAAUGAUUUGAACAUGUUGGCCCCAAACACAUUAUUUGAAUAAUACUGAGAUAAAUGUGUACGAAACAUUCUUAAAAUCAAAAAUGGAAAAAUAAUUUUUUUCAUUAAGUGCUCAAUUCGUUACCAUGCUCCUUUAAUUGUAGAAUAUUGGGUCUUUUUAAUCAAUACAACUUUUGAUUAUAUUUAAUUAAUUCUUCCUCAAAUAAUUUAUUUCAAAAGAUUAUUUUAAACCUAAUUGAGUUAUAGAUUGAUAUUGAUUAAGAAUUGUUGAGGUUUUAAAUAAUUCAUUAAUUAGCCCUGUAUUGAUUUGAAGACGAUGACGUAUUUUCUACAAAAAAAAUUGGUCAUACCAAUGCUAGUCACCAAACUUGUGAUAUAUUGAGCAAAACGAGACAAUUAAAUGACCUGCAAGUGGUGUAUUCGGUGAUUUUCCAUAUGCAAUUUAUUUAUGGGAUUUACAGUAAGUUCUUUAGGUUAAUUGCAAUAUAUUAUCAACCUUCAUAUGUGUCUGUAGUCAUCAACAAUUGACUUUGAAAACGAACUGGAGGGACAGCAUUUCUACAUAAAAUAAUUGCACCUUACAGAUUCGAAACGAAGUGGAAGACGAUUCCUAAUUAGAAAUUGCGCAAUC